AUGGACACGGAUGCGUUGCCGCGCUGGCUUCCCAGUCACCUGCAACAGCGUCGAUCCUCUGGCUCCGCCAUUACCAGCCCCGACGACAUGCCGCCCACCCCGUCUCGACCCUUCAACGCGCGGCUGCAGGGGCGCCCCCUGCCGGGUGCGCUGCUUGCGACGCUCAUCAGCGAGUCAUCACCGCUCGAGCACGAGAUGCGCUCCGAGGCGCGCCUCCAACGCCUGCUCAGCUCACACCCGUCAUCGAUGGCCCUCACGCCUCGACAGCGGCGUACAAUGCGCAUGUCGCGCGGCCGCUUCCCCGAGAUGGUCGGUGAUGACGAUGACGACGACGACAUGCCCAGCGGGCUGGGUAGCCGUUGGUGUGCAGGCUCCAGCGACUCGGACAGUGACGACAUGUUGGAGGACGACUGGCCACCAAACAACCAACCCGCACAGGGUGCUAGUGCUGUUAACUCAGCAUUCGCGAGCGUUAUGGACCUCGACCGGCCGUCAAGCGGUGGCAGCUCGGUCUUGCACUCCAACUCGGGGAAAAGCACACCGGGAGGCGCGCGCAACGGCAGCGGACCGAAGGGACGCGUCAUUGCGCCGUCGCCGGGUACCAGUCUCUUGUUACCCACAGCCUUCGGCGGCCUCGGUAUGGGCAACACCGGCUCUGCGACACCACUCGGCUCGCCAACGGCAGAGAAGGGCGAGUUCGCGCCGAGCCCCAGUGCGAGCGCUGUGGCAAGCCCAGGCAUGAUGCAAUACCGGGACCCUCCCAACAGUAUCCGCUCUGGCAAGCGCAAGGCUGGGACAGAGGAGCGGUUCGACCCGUAUAAACGCCCGCGCGGCUCGUCGCCGUCGCCAUUCCAAAACGUUGCGCUGUCGCCGUCCAAGCCGAUGGCAAUACCCAUCCCCUCGUCGCCAUCGCAUGCGCCAGUGCUUCCGUCCUCCCUUGCCCUCUCGUCACCAGGUUACUUAAACCUCGGAGCGACGCGGCCCCUUAAACCCGCACACCCCUACACGCGUCCGAUGACCUCAAGGUCGCGUGCAGCCUCGCCGGCGCUGAGCAUUGGCAGCACGUCGGGCGUACUCUCAACGUCGCUGGGCAACAAUGGCCUCACCAAGGAUGGUAAGCCGAUGGUUGGCCCAUUCAUUGCAUCUGGCCCUGGCGCGAAGGAGGCUGCCAACGCUGCAAUCGACGCGGGUGCGGCGCCUGGCCAAUUGGGGACCAUGGAGAUGCUGUCGCUUCGCGCCCAGCAGAUCUCAUACGACGGCGAAAGGACGAACGACGUUGACAGGAUGGAGGAGGAUUAG